UAAAUGCUAUUCUCGAAAAAGUACAUGUAUCUUGUGCACUCAAAGUCUAUAGAAAAAUAGAUUAGAAGGAAAACGAGAAUUUUAUGUAUCUUUUCCCUGUUAGGUUCCUGUAAGAGAUCCUAAGGCCAUUCCAUCUUGCUCAAGACCUUUUUUUUUCUGUCGUAAUAUGUAAUAAUCCUUUCAUCAGAGAACAAGAAUCUUUGCAAAGAAGCGUCCGCUUGCGGGAAUGAAUUAGGCCAAGAAGACUUCAUACAUGACAAUUUGUCCAGCCGGUGGACACGUUGGUUCUGCCAGAGUCGCUAUAACGCCGUACACGAUUGGUUGGAGGGCGUUGGAGGGGCCUCAUCGCGCUGCGAGUAAGCUGCCGGGGGCAAUGGCGCAAAUGUAAUAUUUUGCUAAGUGCCAAGGGAGAAGGAAAUGAAAAUCGAUACAAGCCCCUACAUGACAAUCGAAGACUAAUGUAUACAUGCUGUGUUUUGAUGUCAGUGACUGGCGACGGUGGCCUCGGGGACGAAUGCAAUAACAAUGCCGACUGCAAUGGAAAUGCCAAUCUCCAUUGCGAAGGUGGAAUAUGCAAGUGUGCAGACGACUUCGAGCUCAACAUGGAAACGCUUACUUGUGAUAAGAAGCCAGGUGGGUUGGGAGACGAAUGCCUGACAGAUGCAGACUGCGACGUCGAAGCUAAUCUGGAAUGCAAUACCAGCCUGGACAAGUGCGACUGCAUGCCUGGAUUCGAGAUCGACCCUGACACUCUCCAAUGCGUCUAAAAGUAGAAGCACGUUUCAAUUAUGCAUCCAUUAUGCAGAUCUUUGGAAUUAAAUAAUUUCGCCUGG